AAAAUUAAUAUAAAAUAAAAUUAAAUAGGUCUUAAUCUUAUCAAAGAUUUAAAAAAAAAUCUUUGCCCCCUUAACGCAUAUUUUAUCAGAUAAGAUUUUCUCAGACGCUUGGAUUAGAUUUAGCUCAGUAAAGUAUAUAAAUGCUACUGGUUAAUACAACAACAUACAUAUAAUAGCAUAUUAUUUUGAUAUCUAUUAGUUUAUUGUUCAUUUCAUUAAUAAAAAAUGUUAUUGCAAACUUCGUCAUUCUUUUUACAAUGUAUGGUGAUCUUUUUUGUUUUUAAUAUUAAUACAUCAUGGGCAUCAAAUACAAAUAAAUUUGUUGGUAAUGUGAAAAACAUUACAGUAUAUGUUUUAAAAGAUGACAAAUAUUUAAAUUCUAAUGAUAUAUAUAAAUCAUUAAAAUUAAAUAUAUCCUGGUUACCACCAAAUGAAAAUAAACAACCUUCCUCAUACAGUGUGAUAGUAACAAGUAUAUCAAGUGAAAAAUCAAAUCUUACAAUUUGUCCAGAAGGAACACUGUAUUAUAGAACACAAAAUAACAGUCAACUUAAUGUUUUACUACCACAAAAUGAGUUAUCAAUUGAUGUACCAGAGAUGUAUAUUCAUCCAAGCUGCUCAUAUAAGAUAGAAGUUUAUGCUAAUCCAAGAACAAAGCCAACGGGAACGGCACAAGGGGUAAGUAGACUUGUAAUUUAUAAAGUUCCAGAAUGUAUAGGUCAUAAAUGCAUUUGCGUAAAUAAAACAUUUGUAUUACCAACUCCUCGUGUAAAUGCGACUAUUAACAAAUGUUAUGUCUUAAUUAAAUGGAACGUAGAAACUAAUAAUACCUAUGUACAUUCUUAUAAAAUUAGUAUUGUCUUUAAUAUUGCAACAUGGUAUUGUUCAUAUUUCAGUAUAGGAAUACCUCUUUUAAUGUCAAAAGCAGGUUUUCUUGUAUAUAAUAUCACACAAAUAGGUAUUACCAAAGCAAAAGUUAAUACUUUUUUAUGGAAUUUACAUGAUGGUUAUCGCUGUAAUAAGUUACAGCAUAGUUACAAAGUAUUUGUGACUGGAAUAGAUAAUCAUGGUUGCUUUGGUAGUGAUGGAACAUUCAUUCUUGAUAUAAUGGAUCAGAAUUCAUCAAAGCAAAGCUAUACUAUUGUAUGUAUUUAUAGAAAAUUUGAAAGAUAUAUAUAUUUUUUCAAUUUUAGAAUGCAAUCAAUAGAUUCUAUUUCUAAAUGUAAAUCAAAUUGGGUGAAUUCUAUUCUUCGGAAACAUAACGUUCUAUACACCGAAUGCAAUACCGAGGUAAGAAAAUAAUAUAAUGUAUAUGUCUAUGUGGAUAAUUCUAUAAAUAAUGAAUUUUAUAAACAAUAUUUUGUAAAGAUUAUGUUGCAUAAACAGGAAGCAAAUGAAUUUGAAAUUCCAUAUAGUUCUUUAAAACUAACUUCUGAAUUGGGUAAAGGUCAAUUUAGUAAAGUUUAUCUUGGAUACAUAAAUAAUAAUGCAGUACCAGUAGCAGUUAAGAUAUCACGAUUAUCAAAUGAAUUAAAUAGAUUGGAUGUAUACCAAGAGUUUGUGGAGGAGAUUGAAAUAAUGAAAAAGGCAGGAAAACAUCCACAUUUAGUUAAUCUUAUGGGUUAUUCCAUUACGCCAGAUAAAUCUAUAUGUAUAAUUUUAGAAUAUAUGAAAGGUGGUAAUCUAUUGGCAUAUUUGCACUCAAUAAAAGAUAAAAAAGCUGAAUCUGGAAUGACUAUAAAUAAUUUUAAUAAAUAUGAAUUUUUACUUAAUUCUUCGGAAAAUUUUAUAUUUACGAAAUAUGUUGUUGAUUUAAUUGUUUUAAUUAUUACUUCAGCAUUAUAUACAACAAUAAAUACACUAUCUAUAUCUUCAACAUAUUCGAAAGAUGAGAAAUUGAAAUUGACUAAUUUAAGAUAUAUUUAUUUAGAGUGUUCUAAAAAAGAAGAAAAUACAAUAAACAUACAAAGUGAAGUUGAAAGAAAUCAAUUUAUAGAAUUUGCUCUUGAUAUUGCGAAAGGAAUGGAGCAUUUAGAAUCUAAGGGUAUCGUUCAUAGAGAUCUUGCUGCAAGGAAUAUUUUACUUACUUCAGAUUUACAUUUAAAGAUAUGUGAUUUUGGACUUUCUCGAAAUGGAAUUUAUACUAUAAAUGAUACAUCAAAUAAAAUACGUCAACUUCCAGUACGUUGGAUGUCCCCGGAAACUUUACAAGACCGUAUAUUUUCUUCUAAAAGCGAUGUCUGGUCAUUUGGUAUAGUACUAUGGGAAAUUGGUACUCUUGGAGCUUUUCCAUAUUCGGAUAUACCAGAUAACAAAUUACUAGAACAUAUAAUUAUUGAAAAACAAUCCUUAGGUCAGCCAAAGAAUAUACCUUGUGAUAUUUAUAAAAUAAUGCAAUAUUGUUGGGCAUUUCAACCAGAGAAUAGACCUACUUUUGCACAACUUCUAUUAAAUCUACAAGUUUUAUUAGAAUUAUUUCCUUUGCAAAAUGGAAAAAGUAAUCCUUGUUAUACGUUGUUGUCUUAUUCUUAAGAUAAGUAAUAGGGACAACACCAAAUGACAACUAUUAAUAUUUGAAAUCUAAAUAAUAAUUGUAUCCAUGUCUUGAUAUUAAACAAUAAGUAUUUAAAUAAAAUCAAAUUUAUAAUACCCUUAUGUUAAUAAACUUUAUAAUUAUAAUUAGUACACAUACGGAUUUAAAUAGAGGUAAGAAUAUCAAAUGAUCAAUGGUUAAGGUGGG